AUGUGGCGGCACCUCACUCUCGGGGUUGGGCCACGGCUCCAUGUCUCCUCCUGCGGCUGUGCACUGCGGAAUUCUCGCCGUACGCUGGAGCUGCCAGAUCCUCAGUCGUUGUUAACAUCACCCACGGGUCUGUUUGCCGCCUUGAGCGGGCGACAGGGACAUCCCGCGGCCGGCGUCGCCCCCACUCCAAUAGAACAGGACGGAGGACGAAGAGGUCGUCGACGAGGUAUUUGCUUUUCAAAACCGUAUAACGUCGGCUCUUGUGGCGGAGGCAGCGGAGCGGGCACGCACCCAGGCAUGCGACGGACUGACGCCCGUCCCUGGACCUUUUUUAACCGCGAAGCCGCUUCCCUAGCGUUGAUGAUUCUUAUUUUAACGGCUGUCUGGGAGGCGCUUAAUUCACAGAAGGAGAACAUCAGUAGAAAGCUGAGGGAAAUGUUCUUUCUCACUCUUGAGGUUCGCUCCUCCCGCGAGGAGUUUGCCAUGAUUCUGGACUGGAUGGGUCGACAACCGCAGGGAAGGCGGGCGAGAAACAUCUCUCUCAUGCCCAUUUCAAUCCGUGAUGAGGUGCCGGAAGAGGGGAAGUUGCGUGAUGGGGCCGAUUCUGGAGGUGACUUCGUUCCUGGCUUUGGGAGCCAUUACAUGAAAUUUGGCCGUACGCGGCUCUGGAUCACCCGAUCUCUGGACAAUUCGAAGCAGCACAAAUCCGCCUCACGCAUGGACCGGGAGGAUGAGAUACUGCAAUUGGUGUUUUUUUCACGUGAUAGGCGUGUGGUGCACGAGUUCAUGGAGGAGGUCCGGGCCUCUGCGGAGGAGCAGUCAAAAAGCACCGUUCGCCUCUACUUGCCAAAUGGCUGGGGCACUAGGUGGGAGUUCCUGGCGAAGCGGCUUCGGCGUCCACUAUCUACGCUGUACCUCCCCCGCUCCACGAUGGCGACGGUUGAAGAGGCAAAACUCUUCCUUCGCUCGAGGGAGCUGUACAUGUCGCUUGGUGUCCCUUGGCGUCGUGGGUACCUCUUCGAGGGAGCCCCAGGGACAGGGAAAACAAGUUUUAUUCUCGGUUUGGCGAGUGAGCUUUCUCUCCCUAUUUAUCUCCUGUCGCUGCAGUCCAAGGAGUUGGAUGAUGCUUCACUUAUUGGGCUUAUAAAUUCAGUGCCGCCCCGAAGUUUGCUCGUCAUCGAGGAUCUGGAGACCGCCAUUAAGGCCCCGUCCAUCACCUCCUCCCCACAGCAGUGUGCGCUCUCCACGGAGGUUGGCGGGGGACGGGAGGCCGGUGUCUCACUGAGCGCGUUGCUAAACGCCAUUGACGGUAUUGCGAGCAGUGAGGGAAGGCUACUCAUUAUCACAGCCAACGAUGCCUCGCGUCUGCCGUCACCGGAUGCGCUCCUACGUCCCGGCCGCGUUGAUCGACGCGUCUCGUUUGGCCCCCUUGACCCAGAUGGCAUGAAGGAGAUGGUGCGGUCGUUUCAGUCAAGGUCGGCGGAGCCCUCGUUACAAGGGGCCUUCGCACGUUGGAAGCACGAGGACUCAGGCACAGCAGCACCCACCACGCCUGCAGAGCUACAAAAUGAACUCCUCUCCUCCAUCUACAAGAAUGAACUCUCACAUUGA